GAUGUUGGCACUUGGCACACUCUUCCAGCUCUACAGUCAGUCACCAUUGGCGGUUGCCACGCUCCGAGCAGGUGACCGUGCAACGGCGCAGCCAUGCCGUCAUUCUCCUUCCUCGAGCUUUCGCUUUGCUUCCUCUGCUUCGUCUUGUUCUACUGCUUCCACGUCUGCUCCAAGCGCAAGAACUCGGCGCUCCCGCUGGACUGGCCGCUGCUGGGCAUGCUCCCGGCGCUCCUCGCCAACCUGCCACGCCUCCACGACUGGGUCACCUCCGUCCUCGCCGCCAGCACGCUCAGCUUCCGCCUCGCCGGCCCCCCGCGCUCGGGUAUGCAGCUCUUCUUCACGGCUGACCCGGCCAACAUCCGCCACGUCCUCACCUCCAACUUCCCCAACUACCCCAAGGGCCCCGAGUUCGCCCAGAUCAUGGACAUCCUCGGCGGCGGCAUCUUCAACGCCGACGGCGACUCCUGGCGCCGCCAGCGGGCCAAGGCGCAGCUGCUCAUCUCCGGGCCCCGGUUCCGGGUAUUCCUGUCCCGCUGCACCCGCCGCAAGGUCGAGCGCGACCUGCUCCCACUGCUUGCCCGCGUCGCCGGAGCCGGCGCCGGUGAGUGCGACCUGCAGGACGUGUUCCUCAGGCUCACGUUUGACACCACCACCACGCUGGUCUUCGGCCUCGACCCCGGCUGCCUGGCUGUCGGCUUCCCCGAGGUGCCGUUCGCGCGCGCCAUCGACGACGCCAUGGACGUGCUCCUCGUCCGCAGCGUGCUCCCGCUAUCGUGGUGGAAGCUGGUGCGGCGGCUCGGGGUCGGGUAUGAGCGGAAGAUGACGGUGGCCUGGCGCGACAUCGACCGGUUCAUCGGCGACACGAUCGCCAAGCGGCGGGAGGCGGUGAAAGCCAGAGGCGGAAUGGAGGACUCGGCGGACCUGCUCUCCUCCUACAUCGACGACGACAAAGACGACGACGAUGCGGGCGCGGUCGUCGACGCCUUCCUCCGCGACACGACGAUGAACCUCAUGCUCGCCGGCCGCGACACGACCGGCUCGGCGCUGACCUGGUUCUUCUACCUCCUCACCAGGAACCCGGGCGUGGUGUCCAAGAUCCUCGCAGAGCUCGACACCAUCAAGACCACCGCCACCACCACCCUGGACUGCAUGGUGACCUACGACCCGGACGAGCUUGGCCGGCUGGUGUACCUGCACGCGGCCCUGUGCGAGUCGCUCCGGCUGUACCCGCCGGUGCCGAUUGAGCACAAGGGCGUGGCCGCCGCCGAGGCGCUGCCGAGCGGGCACGAGGUGCGGCCAGGGGACAAGAUCCUUGUGUCGCUGUACGCGAUGGGGAGGAUGGAGGCCGUGUGGGGCAAGGACUGCCGGGAGUUCCGGCCGGAGCGGUGGAUCGGGGAGGACGGUAAGCUGCAGUACGUGCCGUCGUACAGGUUCGCCUCCUUCAACGCCGGGCCGCGGACCUGCCUGGGCAAGGACAUGGCGUUCGUGCAGCUCAAGACCGUGGCGGCCGCCGUGGUGAGGAACUUCGAGGUGGAGGCCGUGCCGGGGCACGUCGUGGAGCCCAAGAUCUCCAUCAUUCUCCACAUGAAGAACGGCUUCAAGGCCAGGAUUAAGAGGAGGCACGUGAUGAACAGCUGAUUCAGAGUAACAAAGUUAGCCUGUGUGCCCGCUCUCUGUCUCCAUCGUAACAGGCUUAUGACUGUUUCGAAUAAAUAUCUACAAAUAAUUUCCUCUAGAAAAAGUCUAUCUAUAAAUAAUGGUACCUGGUAUAUUCGUGAGAUCUUAGUAAAUCUCAGAGACUUGUUA